GACCCUAGUAGUAAUCACGGAAACCCCCCAAAACCCAUUAGGAUCAGGAGUGGGCAGGGUAUAUUUAACGAUGACGGCAGCACUCUUCUCUUCUUUCUCUUCCGCAUCCCGUUCCUUCCAUUCCCUCCGCCGCCGUUGCCCCCUCGCUCCCUCCGACAGGUUACUACAGGGCGGCUUCUAGGAGGUUUCUUGCGACAAAGAAGACAGAAUUGCCAUCAGCCAUGAGCGGUGACGCUUCCGGUUCUGCUCCUUUGCAAGGGCAAGCAGCAGAAGAUGGUGGAGAUAGAGCUGGAAGUGUCAAACAGCAGCUGUCAAGAUUAUUCAAAGCAUCCCUUAGUGCAACAGUCCCAGAUGAGCCAAAUAUAGAGCCAUUGGUUGAAGUUUGCACGGCAAAGUUUGGCGACUAUCAGUGUAAUAAUGCGAUGGGGCUGUGGUCAAGAAUAAAAGGAAAGUCGACAGAAUUCAAAAAUCCCAAUUCUGUUGGCCAGGCUAUUGCAAGAAAUCUCCCUCCAUCAGAUAUUAUUGAGUCCACCUCUGUUGCAGGACCUGGAUUUGUGAAUAUAGUUUUGUCGGACAAAUGGGUAGCUCAGAGUAUACAACAGAUGCUGUUAAGUGGCAUUGGGACAUGGGCACCAAUUCUAUCAGUUCCCAAGGCAGUUGUGGACUUCUCAUCACCGAAUAUUGCGAAGGAAAUGCAUGUGGGCCAUUUAAGAUCUACAAUAAUUGGUGAUACUCUUGCUCGCAUGUUGGAGUUCUCAAAUGUCGAGGUUCUUCGACGAAACCAUGUGGGUGACUGGGGUACACAGUUUGGCAUGUUGAUUGAACAUUUAUUCGAUAAAUUCCCAAACUGGGAGGAAGCUGGUGAGCAAGCCAUAGGUGAUCUCCAGGAAUUCUAUAAGGCAUCAAAACGUAGGUUUGAUGAUGAUUCGACUUUCAUGGAAAAAGCACAAAAGGCAGUGGUUCGAUUGCAGGGUGGGGAGGCCAGAUAUAGAGAUGCUUGGAAAAAAAUAUGUGAAAUAAGCAGGAAGGAAUUUGACCUGGUGUAUCAGUGCCUUGGGGUUCAUUUGGAGGAAAAGGGGGAAAGCUUUUAUAAUCCUUAUAUUCCAGGUGUUUUGGGGGAACUGUCUAAUAAAGGGUUGAUCGAGGAAAGUGAUGGCGCACGUGUGAUAUUCAUUGAAGGACAUCAGAUCCCUUUGAUUGUUGUUAAGAGAGAUGGAGGAUACAACUAUGCCUCAACUGAUUUAGCUGCUCUUUGGUAUCGUCUUAACAUUGAGAAAGCAAAUUGGAUAAUAUAUGUAACAGAUGUGGGUCAGUCACAGCACUUUGAUAUGUUUUUCAGUGCUGCUAGACGAGCUGGUUGGCUUCCAGAUUCCGAUGGAAAUUUAUAUCCCAAAGCAAGCCACGUUGGGUUUGGCCUUGUUCUUGGAUCGGAUGGCAAACGCUUUCGAACUCGCAGCUCAGAAGUUGUUCGAUUGGUAGAGUUACUCGAUGAAGCUAAAAGUCGCAGUAAAACUGAACUUCAGAAGCGUCUCAAGGAGAAUGGUAAAAUGGCAGAGUGGACGGACGAGGAGCUUGAGAAAACUGCUGAAGCAAUUGGCUAUGGCGCUAUCAAAUAUGCAGAUCUGAAGAACAAUCGGCUGACUAAUUAUACAUUUAGUUUUGAUCAGAUGCUAAAUGAUAAGGGAAAUACUGCUGUUUAUCUCUUGUAUGCGCAUGCACGUAUUUGUUCCAUUAUAAGGAAAUCUGGUAGAGAUGUAGAAGAGCUAAAGAAAACAGGAAAUAUUGUGCUGGGUGAACCAGAUGAGCGUAUCUUGGGACUUCAUCUCAUUAAAUUUGCAGAGGUUGUUGAAGAGGCUUGCACCAAUCUCCUACCAAAUAUUUUGUGCGAGUACCUGUACAACUUAUCUGAAAAAUUCACAGGAUUUUAUAGCAGAUGUCCGGUGGUUGGUUCAGCAGAAGAAACAAGCAGAUUGUUGUUAUGUGAGGCAACGGCUGUGGUCAUGAGGAAGUGCUUUUAUCUUCUUGGAAUUACACCUGUUUACAAAAUCUGACAUUGUUUAUUUAUCGGCUUUGCCUGUUAGAUAAAAGGUCCGAGUCGUCAAUAUAUUGAAAUCCAUGAGCUAUACAAUUUUUUGUAGCCAUCCACAACAGUGAUUUUAUUCAAGAUAACAAGUAUUUUAUUUUGGAAAUU